UCACGGUUUCAUUGGUGCAGUCAUAUUUAAUCACAAGCAAUGAAAGGAGAGGCUUCGAUCAAUUGCGUGCUAGUUGGUGCUAGUGAAGUUAUUUGACAGUCAGAAAAUUUGUGUACGGUAAUCCCCAACGUUCCACGAAAUAAACAUUGAUCAAAUGAAUGACAAAUACUGUUUAUGAGAUGCCAAGAAAAUGGACUCCUUGAACAUUCUCAUCGGGAUCGGUCUCGUUCAUUGCACCCUGUUUUUCUUCGAUACAUUUUUCCGGUCAUGCUCCCAUUAUCCGUAUCUCUACUUCCUCAAAAAUACCGGAAUCACGAUCGAGGCACUCCGGAUCAGGUGGUACACAACCGCCUGCAACAGGAUGAUCAUGAAAUGGGCAACGGACCGCUCCAAGUUCUGGCUGGCUUGGUUCAACGCUGGCGUCAUCAUAACCAUACUUCUCCUGCCUGUGGCUUCGUUUAUCAUCCUUAAAAUGACGUUCAAUUUGUGGACCGGUCAAACAGCAAAGGACAACAGCGUGCAGACGUUGGAGCCAAUGUUACCAGGUGUGAAUCUCCCGCUCGACGAGAUUGGCUACUACGCCGCGACGCUGGCACUUUGCAGUGUUGUCCAUGAGUUUGGACACGCUUUAGCAGCAGCGAGGGAAGACGUUCAAGUCUUUGGUAUGGGCUUGCUAGUUGCAUUAGUCAUUCCGGUAGCUUACGCUCACAUCAGCAGUGAGCAGCUGGGUGUUCUGCCGGUAUACAAUCAAUUGAGAAUACUUUGCGCCGGUGUCUGGCACAAUAUUGUGCUGGCCACUUUGGCAGCUGGUACCUUGAUUCUAACAACCUGGCUGUGGGCUCCUUUGUAUACCGUUGGGCACGGAGUUGCAGUUAAGACUAUAACUUCUAACUCUCCUCUGCUCGGAUCGACUGGUCUACUUCCUCGCGAUAUGAUAUACAGAAUCAACGACUGCACCGUGAACGACUGUGACGACUGGUAUCACUGUAUAUUGACCGCUGUGCGGCAGCCUAGUCCUGGAUAUUGCGUAACGCAGAAGUUAAUACAGGAAUAUGACGAAUCAGUCCCAGCCUGGCACAUGGCUAACGGCGCAGUGAGCUGCUGCGGGGAGGAUAGCGAGGCGGCAGGUAGCCUGUGCUUCGAAUACAUUGAGGGACCUCCUGCAGCGCCCCUACAACUGCCACCCCACUCUUGUCUACCUGCCAGAUUAGUCACCUCCCAUGCGCAGCGAUUUUGCCAGUACAGUCAUCACUGCACACCUCAUGAAACGCACUGUAUGCAACCGUCGUUGGACAACGUGACCAAGGUGGUACAGAUAAAGAGGCGAGAGGGUAAGGACGUGCUAUUCAUCGGUGAUCCAGGUGACAUAUACCGGACAGUUGACGUAUCGGAUUGGGUGCCCAAGUACAGUUUUUUGAACUCAGAGCUUCCCGAGGCCUUGGCUCUUCUCUGCAAAUAUGUUACAGUGUUUUCUGCAGGUUUGGCGGUUGUUAAUGUGGUGCCCUGCUUUUGUUUUGAUGGUCAGUAUAUCGUCGCUGCUCUGUUCAUGCUCAGAUCUAGAAUACGUCAGAAAAGCUUGCGUCAGGCGCUUGCUCUGACGGUUACAUGCAUAGGAACACUCUUUCUCAGCAUCAAUCUCGUGUAUAUAUUUGUAAAUAAAAUAAUUUAGACUAGAAUCCUUAA